AUGGCGAUAUUGAGCUCUGCGCUUGUAACGAUAGACCUACCGGUGACCUUGCUGUCUCUGCUUAUAGGCUCUAUCCUUUACUUCUGCUAUGUUACAGUGUAUCGCCUUUUUCUAAGUCCGAUUGCGCACUUCCCGGGACCUAAGCUUGCGGCAUGGACCUAUUGGUACGAGUUCUGGUACGAUGUCAUCGCUGAACCGGAAUAUACCUUCAAGAUCGGCCGGCUUCACAAGAUAUAUGGACCCGUCGUCCGGAUCAACCCAGACGAAAUACACAUCGCAGAUCCAGAGUUCUAUGACACGAUUUAUGCUGGCAGUGGACGCAAGCGCGACAAGUGGGAUUGGAUCACCAGAUCUUUUGGUGUCGAUGAGAGCUUGAUCGGCACACUCAAUCACGAUGAGCAUCGUGUCCGCAGGGCGUCUCUUUCGCCGUAUUUCUCCAAGCAGAGCGUACGAGCACUGCAGCCGCUGAUAGAUCGAAACAUGACAAUUCUGCUGGAGCGUCUUCGCGAGUUUGCCAAAUCUGGUUCACCACUAAAGCUGGAUGAUGCUUACGCUGCACUGACUAAUGACAUUGUUGAGGACUAUGCCUUCGGGAGAAGCGACCACCGACUAGAGGCUCCAGACUUUGACCCGUCAUUCAGGGAUGCUAUGCUGCAGGGCGGCAAAGCCGGGCAUGUACUGAAGCAUUUCACAUGGUUGAUGGAUUUGCUGAAGAAGCUGCCUGAAUCACUGCUGCUAAAAUUGAGCCCUGCAAUGGGCGCGUACUCGCAGCUUCAGAACAGCGUGAAGCGUCAAGUCGCCGAGAUACAGCACGCACAUCAGAUGCACACCUACGACAAGACACGCCGUACCAUCUUUCACGAGAUUCUCAAUAGCAAGCUCUCGGAUUAUGAUAAAUCUACAGAUCGUCUCUGGCAAGAAGGGGAAGUGGUUGUUGCUGCUGGAACUAUCACUACUGCCUGGGCGCUGGGCGUGUCGACGUACUUUGUGCUCGCCACCCCAGAGAUUCUGCGUCAGCUCAAGACUGAGUUGGAAGCUGCAAUCCCCGAUCCCUCACAACCACUCAAUCUUAUCGCGCUCGAGGCUCUUCCAUUCCUUACUGGCGUGGUCCAAGAAGGCGUGCGCCUAAGCCACGCCAUCUCACACCGCUUGCACCGCAUCUGCCCUGAUGAGACACUCGUCUACCAGGACAAUGACAACCAGCGCGAAUGGCGAAUCCCGCCUGGAACACCUCUGAGCAUGACUAGCAACUUGGUUCAUCAUGAUGAACGUGUCUUCCCAGACUCGCACGCGUUCAAGCCCGAGCGCUGGAUCGAUAACGCCCGCCUCGAACGUUAUCUGGUGUCGUUUGGAAAGGGUGGAAGAGCGUGUCUAGGCAUCAAUCUUGCUUAUGCAGAGCUCUAUCUUACAUUGGCAGCGCUCUUCAGGGUGUACGGCACUGAUCAGAUCAAGGGGAAGGAUGACGUUGGGACGUUGCAGUUAUUUGAGACGAGCGCUGCUGACUUGGUGAUUACAAGUGAUACUGUUGUCCCUGUCAUGCCCGAGGACUCCAAGGGAUUAAGAGUAAAGGUCUCUUAG